AUGAAGCCACGUGGGGUGACUAAUGAGCACAUAACCCUUAGAGCUUUUCCAUUUUCAUUAAAGGAUAAAGCAAAAGAUUGGCUCUAUAAUAUUCCCCCUGAGUCAGUUACUACGUGGAAUGAUGUGAAAAAGUUAUUUCUAGAAAAAUUCUUUCCUGCAUCUAAGGCGACUAAUAUAAGGAAGGAAAUAUAUGGGAUACGACAAUGUACAUGGGAGACAUUGUUUGAGUAUUGGGAAAGGUUCAAAGGGUUGUGUUCUAGCUGUCCACACCAUCAAAUCUCAGAACAACACCUAAUACAAUAUUUCUACGAAGGGUUGUUGCCUAUGGAUAGAAGUAUGGUGGAUGCAGCCAGCGGUGGUUCUCCUAUGGAUAGAAGUAUGGUGGAUGCAGCCAGCGGUGGUUCUUUGGUUGACAAGACACCCACGGAUGCUAGACAACUAAUAUCAUUGGUUGACAAGACACCCACGGAUGCUAGACAACUAAUAUCAACCGUUGACAAGACACCCACGGAUGCUAGACAACUAAUAUCAACCAUGGCAGAGACACCCACGGAUGCUAGACAACUAAUAUCAACCAUGGCAGAAAACUCUCAACAAUAUGGGACACGAGCGGAUGGGUCAAUCCGUAGAGUUAAUGAUGUAAGUUCUUCUCAACUUGAAAAUAAAAUUUCAGAUUUAACUACUCUUGUGCGUCAAAUGGCUGUAGGGCAAAUGCAAUCCACAGGAGCAUGUGGAAUAUGUUCAUUUGUCGGACAUCCCACAGACAUGUACCCGACAUUGCAAAAUCCAAGUCAAGAGUUGAAUGCAAUCGGGGGAUUUUCUAGUCAACCCAAUCGAAAAUAUGAUCCCUUUUCAAACCAGUAUAAUCCCGGAUGGAGAGAUCAUCCAAACUUGAGCUAUGGGAAUCAAGGGGUGCAACCAAGGUUUCAGAAUCAGAAUUUCAGACAAUUCCAAGCGCCUCAACAAUCUCAACCCCAAGCUUUAAAUUCUGGUAUGUCUUUAGAUGAAAUUUUUAAAGCACUUGCUAAUAACACUCAACAGUUUCAACAAGAAACAAGGGCAGGUAUUCAACAAUUGGGUAAUCAAAUUUCCCAAUUAGCCACUUCUGUUAGCAAGUUGGAAGCUCAAGCUUUGAGGAAAUUACCAUCACAAACGGAGGUGAACCCCAAGGAAAAUGUGAGUGCAAUCACAUUGAGAAGUGGUAAGCAACUUCAGCCAGAAUCCUCAUUACCAGUGGAAGAGGAAAAAGAAGAAAAAUCAAGGGAGGAAAAUGAGUCUAUAGCCAAUGAAAAUUCUAAGGUAAGUUCUGAAUCCUCUGUUGGUCAAUAUAAUUCAUCUCUACCCCCUUUUCCUUCAAGGUUAGCAAAAUCAAAUGAAGAAGAACAUGAAAAUCAAAUUCUGGAAACCUUUAGAAAGGUGGAAAUCAACAUCCCCUUGCUAGAAGCCAUAACGCAAAUUCCCAAGUAUGCAAAGUUUCUAAAAGAACUUUGUACCAAUAAGAGGAAGUUGAAGAGCAAGGAGAAAAUCAUAUUGGGUAAGAAUGUUUCAGCCAUGAUAAGCAAUGAUCUUCCUAGAAAGUGCAAGGAUCCAGGUAUGUUCACCCUACCCUGUAUAAUUGGUAAUAAAAAGAUUAAGCGUGCCAUGUUAGAUUUAGGAGCAUCAAUAAAUGUCAUGCCAUUUUCUAUUUAUCAAUCUUUAAACAUGAAUUCUUUGCAAGAAACUAGUGUAGUUGUUCAAUUAGCUGAUCGUUCUUGUGUGCACCCAAUUGGAGUUAUAGAGGAUGUUUUAGUGCAAGUUAAUGGGCUGGUUUUUCCUGUUGAUUUCUAUGUUUUGAAAAUGAAUGAUGAUGCAAUAGAUCAAUCAACUCCAAUUUUGCUAGGUAGAACAUUUAUGAAAACUGCUAAAACAAAGAUAGAUGUUGAUAAGGGUAUUCUUUCUGUUGAGUUUAAUGGAGAAAUUGCUAAAUUUAAUAUUUCUGAUGCAAUGAAGUACCCUGAUGAUUAUCAUUCUCUUUAUCAUGUCGAUAUAAUUGAUUCAAUAGUGCAAGAUGUUUUUAAAGAUGUUUUUGUUGAGAAUUUGCUUGAUUUAGAAGUUGAAUUUGAUUUAGAUGAGUUUGUUGAUUCUUCUUGUGAAGUUUUAUAA